UUCCCUGUUUGUUUGAUCACCGGAUCAUAUCAUUCUCAAAAAUUAAUUAAGCUCUAGUAAACAUGAUGGAUGAACUCAUCUCUCCCACAUCCUCAUGCUCUCCUCCUGCACCUAUGCAACCAUUCCUCUCCUUCCCUGCGGCUCCUUCUCCUCUCCAGCACCGUCUCCAGUGUCUCCUUGCUGCCCGUCCUGAAUGGUGGGCUUACGCCAUUUUCUGGCGUGUCUCCACCGAGCACCAGCACCAUCCUCACCCAAUUCUAUCUUGGGGUGAUGGUCAUUUCCGUGGUGCUCAUGAUGAGGACGGUGCGCUCCUCGAGAGGAAGCGCACGUCCUGUGGGACUACUAUUCAUGCGUUGCUUAACAAUGAUACUGACUCUGAGAUCACUACUACUGAUCACGGUGGCUCCGGCUGUGUCUCGGACGUGGAAUGGUUCUAUGUGGUGUCGCUGACGAGGUCGUUUGGUGUCGGUGACGCUGCAGUCCCUGCACGCUCUUUCGCGUCGGUGUCUCCGAUAUGGCUAGUGGGCGGUCACGCUCUGCAGGCAUGUGGCUGCGAUCGAGCUAGAGAAGCCCAGCUGCAUGGGAUUGAGACGCUGGUUUGCAUCCCAACUUCCGGUGGAGUUCUCGAGCUCGGCUCCUCCGAUUUGAUCCCGGAGAACUGGGCGCUCGUGCAGCAAGCCAAAGCUAUUCUCCUCGCACCUAACGAGGCUCUCGGCGGCAUUUCAGCCACUUCCACUAGACCCAUCAUGAAGAAAGAGAGCAUGGUGGGAGCGCCCGGGUUGUCCUCCUCGGUGGACUCCGACCAUUCCGACUCAGACGGUGGGUUGAUGACCGGACGACGACCGCCUAAGAAGCGUGGAAGAAAGCCCGGGACUGGAAGGGACACCCCGGUUAACCACGUUGAGGCAGAACGGCAACGAAGAGAGAAGUUGAACCAUAGGUUCUACGCAUUGCGCUCAGUAGUACCCAAUGUGUCUAGAAUGGACAAGGCAUCACUUCUAGCCGACGCCGUUUCAUACAUCAAGGAGUUGAAAGCUCGUGUAGAGGAGCUUGAAGCCGAGUCCAAGACGGUGAAGAAAGAGAUCCUUGUUGUGGAUAAGUCUAGUGGUGCAGUUACUAGUAGUGCAACAACCUCUUCAUCUUCAAUCAGUGGAGGUGGAGGACCGGCUACUAUGGAACUGGAAGUACGAGGGCUUGGUUCGGAUGAGGCAAUGAUUAGAGUGAAGUCAGAGAACGUGAACCACCCUACAGCGAAACUGAUGGAGGCUUUGAAGGAGUUGGAGUUGCAGGUGCACCAUGCGAGCGCGUCGAGCGUGAAGGAGAUCAUGUUGCAGGAUGUGGUGGUGAGAGUUCCUUAUGGACUGGAAAGUGAGGAGAGCCUCAAGAAUGCUCUGCUUGCGCGGUUGGAGAAGGAUUAAUGAUGUUAUGAUCGAUGUUAAUGUGAUUUUGUUCUUCUUGUUAGGUUUUUAGAACUCUAAGUCUCACAUGUUUGUUGGUUUCUCAUGGUGUUUGCGUUGUUACUAUGUGUUGAAUAAUAAGAGUGGGAAUAAGAGGUCAGUUUGGUGGUUUAGUUAGUCGUAUGUUUGGGUUGGAAGAGGAUCUCACAGGGAUGAUGCUGUAAGCCUGCAAUGUCAUUCUCUGGCAGUGAGGCAGAUAUUGUUCAGAAUCAGGUGAUUUUGAAGAUGUGGACCCAGAAGAACAUAUAUCGUUGUCCCAGCAAUGUUAUUUAGAACUA